AUGAAUGGUCAUCGCGCAGAAGUCGGCCUUGCCUCGAGGGUUGCACUUGUUACAGGUGGAGCGGACGGCUUUGGAGCCGCAAUUGUUGACCGAUUCAGUAGAGAGGGCUGCAAAGUCAUCAUGAUUGAUCUGAGUAAAGCGAAGGGCGAACAGCGGGCGAGUGCCGACAAGAAUAUCCAUUUCGUCCAUGGAGAUGUCUCGCGUCGAGAGACCUGGGAAACCGCACUUGAGUACAGUACACGGCAUUUUGGUCGGCUGGAUGUCGUGAUCAACAACGCUGGAAUGACGUUUGACCCAAAGACUGUCCAUGAGAAACCCAUCGAGGAGUACGAGAAGACAUUCAAUGUCAAUGUCAAGCCCAUCUUCCUGAGCGCUCAAGUCAUUUGUCCUUUCAUGCUCAAGCAAGGCAGUGGUACAUUCAUCAACAUUACCAGCACUGGAUGUACACGACCCCGGCCUGGAUUCGCAUUUUACAAUGCGUCAAAGGCGGCUGUUGAGAUUGCAACCAAGACCAUGGCACUGGAAUAUGCACCCACAGUACGGUUCAACUGCAUUUGCCCGGCAGUUGGAAACACCUCCAUGCUACGUGCAAGUAUUGGUGAGGGUGAAGAGGCAAAAGAAAAGUUACGUCGUCUGGAGCAGAUGCUCCCUAUGGGCAGAGUGACGGAGCCAGAUGAUAUUGCCAACGCGGCGUGGUUCUUAGGGACGGAUCAGAGUUCUUUCAUCACAGGAUCAACAAUUGCCGUGGACGGUGGGCGAGGAAUAUAG